UCGGUCUAUAUUUCUCACAUGUUAGCAGAAUCCGAGUUUUUAGUUAAACAAUUGUCUCAACAAGAUAAAGGUUAUGAUCAGCUAAUUAAUAAAGCCAUGACAAUCAAGAAUAAAAUUAAAACCAUGAAAGAUUUUAAUAAAGAUCUCAAAGAAUUAUCAAAAAUUAAUCUAUCACCAGAAUCAAAUAAUUAUCAUAAAAGAAUUAUUUUAGAAAGUUUAUAUAUUACAAAAUUAAAAAAGGAAAAUUUAAGUCUCAAAGGAAAUGUAGAAGAGCACAAAGCAAUGUUGGAAUUAAUCAUGAAAAAGUAUAGAAAUCAGAUGAUAAAAUUAAUGGAAAUAAAUCAAAUUAAUCAUGUUAAUUAUGAUCCCAUUCAGCAUUGCAAAAAAGUUGACACUCUAGCUUUGAAAGUUGAAGAAAUGGCUAGAAUCAUGUGUAAAGCAAUAGCUUUAGACACUACCACCUAUUCUAAAGAAAAAAGCACCCAAGAUGAUUCUAUUUUAGAGAGGAAAGAUGAACACAGUGAUAAUUACUUUUCGUUAUGCCAAAAGAUCAAAUUACUAAAUCAAGAAAAUCAAGAUCUACGAAAAAUUUUAAGAUCCUUUCCGCUCAUAUCCAAAGUUAUCAACAAACAUUAAGAAUAUAUAUUUCUUAUAAUCAUUGUAUCAUAAAUUCAUCCCCGCCAUGCAUCAUUAUUGUGUAUUUAAAGUAAUACUUUUAACAA